AGCCUGGGGCCAGAGGGACACAUAGACACCGGGCUCCGGCCAGCGCGGACAAGGCUGGCCAAGGAUGGUGACACCCGGGGCCCUGAGGGUCCUGUUUCUCCUGCUCCUCCUGCUCUGGGCCUCAGGUAUGGAAAAUUCUAGGAUCCUGGAGCAACCGAGAAACGUCUGCCUGGGGCUCAUCAAUGAGGGCAACUAUGAGUCCUUCCACCUGGAGAACACAGCUGGCUGCUUCACGAAAUGCAGGCAGUCGGGGAAUGAACCCUGCGACCUGAAAAACUUACAGAGAUACUGGCUGAAAUACGAGUUCCAUCUGGUGGAGAAUCAGAUGGGGAUAGUGAAUACGUCUUUUUUGAAGGCUGUUGUCCAGAGUGUCAGCACCAACAUCUCAGAAGACCUGCUCUUCUCUCUGACGCCUUCCCAGGUUCCAAGGCCAGUGACAGAGGAGGAGCAUGAGCCCCCCGACAGAGUCCGGCUGCCCCGGAGUCUCUUUGAAUCCCUGCAGGACAGCAGGUCGGUGGUCCGGCUGGCCAUCACGCUCCUGGACAUCGGUCCAGGGAAUCUCUUUAAGGGCCCCGAGCUCAGCCUGGAGGACAGCAGCAGCGUGUUGAACAACCGCCUGGUGGGCUUGAGUUUGGGCAAUAUAUCUGUCAGCAGGCUGGCUGAGCCUUUGGAGAUCACCUUCUCCCAUCAGCGCCCACCCUCUAACAUGACCUUCAGCUGUGUGUUCUGGGAUGUGACUAAAGGGUCAACAGGAGACUGGUCUUCCACAGGCUGCUCCACAGAGCUCAGCGCCAAGAGGACUGUCUGUCGCUGUGACCACCUGACCUUCUUCGCUUUGCUGCUGAGACCGAUCUUGGACCGGGCCACGGUGCAGGCCCUCAUUCGCAUUUCCCAGGCUGGCUGUGGAGCCUCGAUGAUCUUCCUGGCCUUCACUGUUCUCCUGUAUGCUGCCCUGAGCCCCCAGCAGCCCCACUCCCUCCGUCUCAGAGCAAGCCGUGAGCGUGAGCGGUGCCACCCCUGUCCCCAACCAAGCCCCCGCCUGGGACACAGCCCCCAUCCCCAACAAGCUGAGCAUGACCUGCCAGCUGGCCGCGCCGCUGGACCCUGUGAGCCCGGCUUGGAGCGCCAGAAGGAAUCGUCACCAACUCUCGAGGGUGGGCCCUGGCGUCUCAGGUUCUACCGGCAGCGGUUCAAGUCAGAAGAUGCCCCCAAGGUCCACGUGGCCCUGAGCAUUAGCUUGUUUCUCCUGAAUCUAGCCUUCUUCAUCAAUGUGGGGCAUGGCCGUGAGCCGUCAGAUGCCACCUGCUGGGCCCGGGGGGCCAUCUUCCACUAUUUCCUACUCUGUACCUUUACCUGGAUGGGCCUGGAAGCCUUCCACCUCUACCUGCUUGUCAUCAAGGUCUUCAACACCUACUUUGGGCACUAUUUCCUGAAGCUGAGCCUCGUGGGCUGGGGCCUGCCUGCCCUAAUCGUCAUUGGCACCGGGAGCGCCAACAGCUAUGGCCACUAUGCCAUCCGCGACAAGAAGAACAUGGCCACGCUGGAGCUGUGCUGGUUCCGUGAGAAGACCGCUGUCUCUGCCCUCUACGUCACCGUCCAUGGCUACUUCCUUAUCACCUGCCUCUUCAGCGCUGUGGUCCUGGGCCUGGUGGCCUGGAAGAUCUUCACUCUGUCGACUGCCACAGCAGGCAAGGAGCAGGGACCGAACUGGAAGGGAGUGCUCACCGUGCUGGGCCUCUCGAGCCUGGUGGGUGUGACCUGGUGGCUGGCCAUCCUCACGCCCCUGGGCCGAUCCACCAUCUAUGUCUUCGCGCUGUUCAACUCCCUGCAAGGUGUCUUCAUCUUCUGCUGGUUCGCCGUGCUCUACUUCCCCAGCCGGACUGCCGUGGCCUCCUCUUCUGGCACCGCCAGAAUUGACCAGGUCCACACCGCGUCUCAAGAAUAGGGGGCCUCCGUGGGGUCAGGCUGGGAGCCGGCCGCACAUUGUGGACUCGGCUCUGACUCCCUCUGUGAACUCAGGCUGCUCCUUGCCUCCUCCUGGCCUUCAGUUUCUAUGUUUGUACAAUGUGGCUGGGGAAGGGAGGUGAUGGGGGCCAGUUUGGACCACCUGGCCUCAGUGGUUCCAUCCAGAUACUUCUGUGGGUCCUGGAGUCCACAAAUCCAGGAUUGCGAGAGUCUGAAGACCGCUGCCAGCAUAGAGCAGUGCCCUCACCUGUACCUGUACCUGCACCUCCUGCCUACCGAGCAAAACAGCUCAUCUCUGCCAUUGGCCACCUCUGGUUUUAGUCACAGGGGACUCUGUUAUCAGAAUUGCCCCUUGAAGGAGUCCCAGCCUCUCCUCUUCUCCCUCUUACCACCGCCCUCUCACAACCCCACCCUCUGGCUGCCUGUUCUCAGGCACUUGGACAGUUGUGCACUAGAGGUUUGGGUCUAUCUAUGGAUAGAUAAGCAGGAGCCCCUGCCACCGGGGGCCGCCCACCCUCCAGCUGUCUGGGGACACCGAAUUUCAGAGGAUGCCACUUACUCAAUAGUGGGUGUGAUAUCAUAAGCAGGCUCCCCUCCCCACCCUGACCGCCACACGUGUGGCCUGACCUCUGAUCUGCUGUCAUAGUGGGGUGGAAGGCAGAUGGUCCAGAGCUCCGCACACCUGAGGGCCGAGGGGCAGGGGAGAGGGCUGGGCUGAGCAGAGAGAGGGCAGGCAUUGCCCCCAGAACCUGAGCUCCUAUCAAGCAGGUCCAUCAGCCUCAUUCACCGGUUCAGCCCAGCCCGAGCCUGGCACGUUUCAGGCCCCAAAUAAAUAUCUGUUGUCUGAAUAGA